UGGAAGGGUUUGGAGAGCUAACCAGAAACCUCCCUUUUUCUGAAGAAACUUCUCAAGGCAAAUGAAUGCCACGGUUUGCCUGAGGAAUGUUUUUGUUACUGAGUGCACACGAGGUGGAAAUCAGCCAAGAAACCCUUUUCUGCCUUGUUUUGUUGCAGAUGGAGCCUGAUGUGAAGCGGGACACGGGACUCUCCGGAGGCAGGCGGGGUCAGCACCUGUGAUGCAGCCUCUGCUUCAGUCCCACACCCCACUGGAUGAAGGGCAUUAGCAGGAUGAUCUCAGAAAGGGACUCGGAGACCACCCUGGACGAGGACUCCCAGCCCAACGAUGAGGUGGUGCCCUACAGCGACGACGAGACGGAGGACGAGCUGGAGCCUCGGCCCGGGGCUGAGCCGGGACGGAGCCAAAGCCACGCCGAGGAGAGCCGGGAGCCCGGCAAGAAAGACUGCAGCUGGCAAGUGAAAGCAAACGAUCGGCGCUUCUACGAGCAGCCCGCCUUUAAGAGAACAAUCUUCCUGUGCUUCAAGAAAAGCAAAUAUGCGGACAAUGCAAUCAAGACGUACAAGUACAACCCCAUCACUUUUCUACCUCUGAAUCUGUUUGAACAGUUCAAGAGAGCAGCCAACUUCUAUUUCCUUGUUCUUCUCAUUUUGCAGUCGAUCCCCCAGAUAAGCACCCUGGCAUGGUACACGACGCUGGUGCCCCUGCUCUUCGUGCUGGGAAUCACCGCAGUCAAAGACCUGGUGGAUGACAUUGCCCGGCACAGGAUGGACAACGAGGUCAACAACAGGACAUGUGAUGUCAUCAAGGAUGGAAGGUUCAAAACCACAAAAUGGAAAGAUAUUCAAGUUGGCGACGUCAUUCGUCUGAAGAAAAAUACUUUCAUUCCUGCUGAUAUUUUACUGCUGUCCAGCUCGGAACCAAACAGUCUGUGCUACGUGGAGACAGCUGAACUGGAUGGUGAGACUAAUUUAAAGUUCAAAAUGGCCCUGGAGGUGACGCACAGGCAGCUUCAGGAGGAGAGCGCGCUGGCAGACUUUGAUGGUCUGGUUGAGUGUGAAGAGCCCAAUAACCGACUGGACAAGUUUACAGGAACGUUAUUCUGGAGGAACUCCAGUUACUCCCUGGAUGCUGACAAGAUUUUGUUGCGUGGGUGUAAGAUCAGGAACACGGAUUUCUGCCAUGGAAUGGUGGUGUUUGCAGGUGCUGACACAAAAAUUAUGAAAAACAGCGGAAAGACGAGAUUUAAAAGGACCAAGAUUGACUCCCUUAUGAACUACAUGGUUUAUACUAUCAUCGUGGUCCUCAUCCUGCUGUCGGCCGGGCUGGCCAUCGGCCACACCUACUGGGAGCAGCAGGUUGGCAACUGCUCCUGGUACCUGUACGACGCUGAGGACUUCAGCCCUCCCUACCGGGGCUUCCUCAACUUCUGGGGCUACAUCAUCGUCCUCAACACCAUGGUGCCCAUCUCCCUCUACGUCAGCGUGGAAGUGAUUCGCUUUGGCCAGAGCUACUUCAUCAACUGGGACCUGCAGAUGUACUACGCCGAGAAGGACACGGCGGCCAAGGCCAGGACCACCACGCUCAACGAGCAGCUGGGGCAGAUCCAGUACAUCUUCUCGGACAAGACCGGAACCCUCACACAGAACAUCAUGACCUUUAAAAAGUGCUGCAUAAACGGCCAAAGAUACGGAGACAGCCGGGACCGAGCGGGGCAGCUGCAGAGCCACCCCGAGCAAGUGGAUUUCAGCUGGAAUGUGCACGCGGACGGGAAGUUCCUCUUCUAUGAUCACUACCUGAUUGAGCAAAUAAAGUCUGGGAAGGAGCCAGAGAUCCACAAGUUCUUUUUUCUGCUCGCCAUUUGUCACACGGUCAUGGCUGACACUUCUGAUGGUCAGCUCAACUACCAGGCAGCCUCGCCGGACGAGGGGGCCCUGGUGACGGCCGCCAGGAACCUGGGCUACGUGUUCCUGUCCCGCACCCAGAACACCAUCACCCUCAGCGAGAUGGGCGCCCACAGGACCUACGAGGUCCUGGCCAUCCUGGACUUCAACAGCGACAGGAAGAGGAUGUCCGUCAUCGUCAGAGAGGCCAGGGGGAACAUCAGGCUCUACUGCAAAGGGGCUGACACGGUGAUUUACGAGCGGCUGCACCCCAGCAAUCCAAAGAGAGAGGCCACAGAAGAGGCACUGGAUGUCUUUGCAAAUGAAACUCUCAGGACACUCUGCCUGUGCUACAGAGACAUAAGUCAGGAGGAAUUUGAUGUGUGGAAUAAAAAGUUCGUGGAGGCCAGUUUAGCCACAAGUAACCGAGAUGAAGCUCUGGACAAAGUGUAUGAGGAGAUAGAAAAAGACUUGAUUCUGCUUGGUGCAACAGCUAUUGAAGACAAACUGCAGGAUGGAGUCCCAGAAACUAUCUCCAGACUCUCCAAAGCAGACAUCAAAAUCUGGGUGCUCACUGGUGACAAAAAAGAAACUGCUGAAAAUAUUGGGUUCUCUUGUGAACUCUUGACAGAGGAGACAGCCAUCUGCUACGGAGAAGAUACCAGUGCUCUCCUUCAAACUAGGCUGGAAAACCAAAGGAACAGGGCUGGCUCCAGCCCACACUCCUCUCUCAGGAUGAACGAGCCCUUCUUCCAGGGCAGCAAAGAUCGGGCUCUGAUCAUCACUGGCUCCUGGCUGAACGAAAUCCUGCUGGAGAAGAAAAAGAAGAAGAAGAAGCUGAAGCUGAAGUUCCCCCGCACAGCAGAAGAGAAGGAAAAGCAAGCUGAGAAGAGGAGGAGGGCUGAGGCCUACAAGGAGCAGCAGCAGCAGAACUUUGUGGACCUGGCGUGCGAGUGCAGGGCGGUGAUCUGCUGCCGCGUGACGCCCAAGCAGAAGGCCAUGGUGGUGGAGCUGGUGCAGAAGUACAAGAAGGCCGUCACCCUGGCCAUCGGGGACGGCGCCAACGACGUGAACAUGAUCAAAACUGCCCACAUUGGAGUUGGGAUCAGUGGCCAGGAGGGGAUGCAGGCCGUCAUGUCCAGCGACUACUCCUUCGGGCAGUUCCGCUACCUGCAGCGCCUGCUGCUGGUCCACGGGCGGUGGUCGUACAUCAGGAUGUGCAAGUUCCUGAGAUACUUCUUCUACAAGAACUUCGCUUUCACGCUCGUCCACAUCUGGUACUCGUUCUUCAACGGCUUCUCUGCCCAGACAGCCUACGAGGACUGGUUCAUCACCCUGUACAACGUGCUCUACUCCAGCCUCCCGGUCCUGCUCGUCGGCCUGCUCGACCAGGACGUGAGCGACAAGCUGAGCCUUCGCUUCCCCAGGCUGUAUAUUUUGGGCCAGAGGGAUUUACUUUUCAACUACAAGAAGUUCUUUUUAAGUUUGCUCCACGGAGCUGUAACUUCACUCAUCAUCUUCUUCAUCCCGUACGGAGCCUACAUGAAAUCUAUGGGACAGGAUGGAGAAGCCCCUGCAGAUUAUCAGUCCUUUGCUGUCACAGCAGCAUCUUCCCUGAUCUUUGUCGUCAAUUUUCAGAUUGGCCUGGAUACAUCUUACUGGACUUUUGUUAACGCUUUCUCAGUAUUUGGGAGCAUUGCACUUUACUUUGGGAUCACAUUUGACUUCCACAGUGCUGGAAUCCACGUCCUCUUCCCUUCUGGCUUUCAGUUCACAGGAACUGCUCCGAACGCUCUGCGCCAGCCGUACCUCUGGCUCACCAUGAUUUUAUCCAUUGCCAUCUGCCUGCUCCCUGUAGUGGCCCAGCGUUUCUUAGCCAUGACAAUCUGGCCUUCGGAGAGCGACAAAAUCCAGCGGAACCGUCGGAAGUACCAGCUGGAGGAGCAGCAGUGGCGGCGCCGGCCCAGCGCGUUCCGCCGCGGGCUCUCCGCCCGCCGCUCCGCCUACGCCUUCUCGCACCAGCGCGGCUACGCCGACCUCAUCGCCUCGGGCCGCAGCAUCCGCAAGAGGAGGGCCCCGCUGGAUGCCGUGCUGGGCACAGCGCUGGGCACGGGCACCGGGGACGCCCGGGAGACGAGCUGAGGCACUGCAGGAUGGAGAUCCUUGUCCCGGUCGUCCCGGUGAUUGCACAGAACUGUUCAAACAAACUCAGGAUCUUUUUAACCAAAGGGCAUAAGGACAGGAGGGGGUUUAUGUCUUAUCACAGAACUUUCUGGGCUUGGACUCCUGGGAACACAAAAAGGCCAAGAGUUCUCCGUGGAGCUACUGAUGCUUGUGUGACUGCUCUGUGUGACUGUGCUGGGAAUGGAAACCCAGCAGGGUCAGUUUUUAGCGAGGCCUGGAAUUGCAGACUUUCCACUUUUUAAUACUGUGGGGGUAUAAAACUGCAGCUACAUUUCAUAUUUCCUUUGCAUGCUCCGCUUCAUGAACUGCCCGGACACCACGGCACGGGGGGUGCUGAGCCCUGGCAGAGGACCCUGGACACCAGGGGAGCUGGCACGGCUGAGCUGAGGGUGUGCCUGCUCAUAAACUUCAGCCAGUGUCAGACUGGAUUGGGAAUUAGGACAGAUCUGGUGUCCGAAAGCUGCCCCCGGAGCUGGCACAGCCUGAUCAUUUCAGUUCUGGAUACAGUGAUGGAUAACCGGGAAUCAGUCACUCCCAUUGGAACACACUUCACUUGCUCUUACAGUGUUUUUAUGAGUCUCUUUACAUUUGCACGUUCUUUCCUCGAGUUGAGAUGUUCGAGUGUUUCACUUUCAGCUCCUUUCCCCUCCCGGCCUGAGGUCGAUUAUGGAAACGGUUUUACAGCACAAAUCACGCCCUGCAGCUCCCGUCGAAUGGAAUGUACAUUUCAAAAGUGCAACGCGAAAUAAACACCCCAAAGCGCAGCGCCGGCGUUGUGA